CAUGUUCUUGCCUAAAACUUUGUCAUAUUUCAGUCAUUUUCUGUCAAUGGGAGCAGAAAACGACGAGUACAAGAAGAAGGAGCGCAUUGCAGUGGCUGUAAUCUUGGUUUUCGCAUCACUCGCCCUUGUUUCAGUUGUAGUGACCUUCAGUUACUACUGCUACUUGAGAUUCAAACUCUCCAAGCGGCUCAAGACAAAGAAAAAAAAUUUACAAGGGAUUCCCCAUGAUGUUAAAACCGGCAAUGCUUCCAAUAUCCAAGUCACGACAGACAAUCGACUCCAAGUCUUUACUUUCAAGCAGCUCCAUUCUGCCACUGGUGGAUUUGGGAAGUCUAAUGUGAUUGGCCAUGGCGCAUUUGGAUUGGUAUGCAGAGGAGUGCUGCAAAAUGGAAGAAAAGUUGCUGUUAAGUUGAUGGAUGAAGCUGGACAACAGGGAGAAGACGAAUUCACAGCAGAGGUAGAAUUGUUGGGCCGGCUACGUUCACCGUAUUUGCUACCAUUGAUUGGAUAUUGUUCGGAAAACAAGCGCAAAUUGCUGGUCUAUGAGUUUAUGGUCAAUGGAGGACUGCAGGAACAUUUGUAUCCAGCCAGGGGAACUGUUUCUUCCAACUUAAACUGGGAAACUCGAUUGAGAAUAGCUUUAGAAGCAGCAAAGGGUUUGGAGUACCUUCACGAACACAUUAGUCCCCCGGUAAUUCAUAGAGAUUUCAAAAGUAGCAAUAUCCUUCUCGACAGAAAUUUUCACGCUAAAGUUUCUGAUUUCGGACUGGCGAAACGUGGUUCUGAUAAAGCCGGAGGACAUGUCUCGACUCGAGUUCUGGGCACCCAAGGAUAUGUUGCGCCUGAGUAUGCUUUAACUGGGCAUCUUACCACAAAAUCAGAUGUAUACAGCUAUGGAGUUGUUUUGCUUGAAUUGCUGACUGGUAGAGUCCCAGUCGAUAUGAAGAGGCCGGCGGUGAUGGUGUUGGCCUGA